AAUACCAGUGUGCAAGAUUCGCCAGGUCAAAAGCCAAGAAUGUCCUUGUAAAACUUGAAAGCUUGGCUGGAACUGGGCACUCUGUAGUGUUGAAACGACCAAGACUUGCAGAGAAAUUAGAAAUCUAUAGCUUCGAUCCUAAAGUUCGCCAGUGGGUCAUGUACAAAGAAGCAAAGAAAAUACGUUCUCUGAAGAAUUAAUGCAGAUAUGAAUAGGACUUUGAAUCAAGUAAAUCAGAUAACAGCACAUGAUAAAAUACAAAUAUUAAUUCUUUGACGAUUGAUUGAGGACUCUUCAAAAUGGAUAAGGACCUUGUAAGAGAAUCAUAUUCUUGGAGUAAUAAUAGACUACAAAGGACAUCUAAUGAUAAUCUCAAUGAAGAACUAAAUUCUCAGGAAAUUGAUACAUUUGGUGGCAUUAAAACUGAAGAUGAAUUCCAGAAUAACGUUAAAGAGGAACAUCAUGAUGAAAUCGCUGAUAGUUAUAUUCAUAUAAAACCUGAAUAUGAAAUGGAAAAGGAUGAUGAGAUGGAUGAUAUGAACCCACCUAUUAAAAUUGAAUAUGAUGAUCAAAUUGACCAGGGCUCUCAUUCCAGAUUCGACUAUGAUAAUGAGGAGAAUGAACUUACUGGUUUAUUAAUCAAAAAAGAAUAUGAGGACUAUGAAUCUGUAGAUCAUGAUGAGAUAGAAGAAAAACAAAACACAGAAGGUUGUGAAGUUCCAGAAGGAUUAGAUCAUGACACAAUGGUAGUUGGUAAUGAUUCAAAUAGGGAAGGUAGUGGUGGGCCUUCAUGUACCAAUGUUGAAUUGGAUAACAUUGAAACUUCAGAAACAGAAAAUCAGGUUGAUAAAUUCCAAUGCCAGUACUGUGAAAAAAAAUAUAAGAACAAAGGAACUUUAAAAAGGCAUGAAAGAAUUCACACUGGAGAAGGCAUCCAGUGUCCAUAUUGUGAAAAAUGUUUUGGAGAAAAGAGCCAUUUUAAAGAGCAUGAACGAAUUCACACAGGGGAUCGGCCUUACAAUUGCGGAAAAUGUGAAAAAAGUUACACAUCUGAGUCUGCCCUUAAAAAGCAUGAAAGCAAACAUAGUGGAACUAGGUUCAUGUGUAGUUAUUGUGAUCAGUCAUAUAAAAGUGAAGAAACAUUGAAAAGUCAUGAAAAAAUUCAUACUGGAAAAGGCUUUGAGUGUCCAUACUGUGCAAAAUGUUUUGGAGUCAGGAGCCAUUUUAAAGAGCAUGUACGGGUUCAUACAGGGGAUCGGCCUUACAGUUGCGGAGAGUGUGAAAAAAGUUACACAACCCCCAUUGCCCUUAAGAGGCAUGAAGCGAAACACAAAGGAACUAGGUUCAUAUGUUCUUAUUGUGAUCAGUCAUUUGCACAAAAAGGUUAUGUAGCAAGACAUGAGAAAAAAGUUCACUUCAAAAAUGUCAGCUAACUUUAAAUCCCACAAAAAAAGUCUAUACCGGAAAAAGAUAAAAUUCCUAGUUCUGUGAUAAGACUUUUGUAAGAGCAUUUCUUUUUAAAAAAACACAAUACUUGUGAGAAAAAAUUAACAAAUUAUUGUAUUUUUUGUAUUUUUCAAGUUUUUUCUGUAGUUUCGACC